CGCGCGCGGCGGGAGAUGGCUGGCUCCGGGGCGCUGCUGCGCCAGUGCCCGCUGCUCCUGCCUCAGAACCGCGAGCGGAGCGUCUACGAGGGGUUCGUCACCGUGCAGGAUAGAGACUUCCAUAUAAGGAUACUGUUACCAUCAGAUUUUCAGCUUAAAAAUGCAAGGAUACACUGUAGCUGGUGUCUAAAGAAGGUAUUGCAUGGAUAUCACCAGAUUGUGAAACAGAGGUUGCAACACUGUUCUGAUCUGGUCAGUUUUAUGGUGGAGCUUAAAACUAUUUUGGAAGCUGCUUUAAAGAAUUCACAAGAGCUGCAUGCACCCCCACCUCCAGAAUACUACUCAUACCUUGUCAGAGAUAUAGAAACAUUGGGUUGGAAUAAAGUCGUAUAUGUAGAUACUGGUCUUAAUACCAUCAAGCUAAAAGGAGAAGACUCUUGUGGUCGACAGCAUCUAAUCACACUGAAGUUAAAUGCAAAGUAUCCUGCAGAACCACCAGAUUGCUGUGUAGACUUCCCUGUUGAAUUUGCUAUCUCUUGGAUUCCACAGAGCUCCUUAGUAGACAUUUAUAACCAGUUCUUGGCAGCAUUAGAAUCACUGAAAGAAUUCUGGAAUGCUAUGGAUGAAAUUGAUGAGAAGACUUGGGUACUUGAGCCAGAAAACCCCACACGGAGUGCCACAAUGAGAAGAAUUGCAAUAGGAAACAAUGUUUCCAUAAACUUAGAGGUAGAUCCCAGGCAUCCAACUAUGCUUCCUGAGUGUUACUUUCUUGGAGCAGACCAUGUGGUAAAUCCUCUGAGAACUAAACUGAACAACAACAUGCACUUGUGGGAUCCAGAUAUCACCCUACUACAAAAUUUGAAAGAAGUUUUAGAAACUGAUUUUCCUUCUCGUGCUGUGCUAGAAAAGACUGACUUCACUAUGGACUGUGGUAUCUGUUAUGCUUACCGACUUGAUGGUGCUAUUCCAGACCAAGUGUGUGGUGAUUCCCGAUGUGGACAACCUUUCCAUCAGGCUUGCUUGUUUGAGUGGUUACAAGGUCUUCCUUCUAGCAGACAAAGUUUUAAUGUCAUCUUUGGUGAAUGUCCAUAUUGUAACAAGCCAAUCUCGGUGAAAAUGUCUAUGAAGAAACUUUGAAAAAGUAACUUGUACAGCUUUGGGCUAAUGACACUGCACAUA